GCGGGAAACGCAAAGGCCGUCGGGCGUGGAUCUUCGAGGUCGCGAGUGGACCCUUCGGGGUGGGUUUGGGGGUCCGCAGGCUCUCGCGGCGACUUCCGGGACGACCCGGCUUCCUCAGUUAGAAGAGGAAGACAAAGAGUCUGAUUCAUCAUUAAACCAUUUACUGAGAAAUACACAUUAACCAUUGCUUGAAUUUCCACCUGGGGAGCUCUGCAGAGAAUGGAAGAGAAGACUAGCUCAAGGGAUGGCCUGGCUAAGAAACCUUACUUUCCAAAGGCACUGCCCUUGAAGAAGUCUGCCCUAUCUGGCAUCCAGAGGGAAUUUCCUAGAAGGUCUGCUUCAGUGCAAUAUCAUAUUUCAGAAAAGGGCCGGUUAAGAGAUUUGCACUUAAGAUGUGUGGCCAGAAAGUUCUUGUAUUUAUGGAUUCAAAUGACUUUUGGAAGAGUACGUCCCUCCAGAGCCAGGCUUUACUAUGAGCGGAGAAUACUCCAGAAGGUCUUUGAAGAGUGGAAGGAACAAUGGUGGGUUUCCCAGCGAGAAUGGAAACUCUGUGUUCGAGCAGACUGUCACUACAGGUACUACUUGUACAGCCUGAUGUUCCAGAACUGGAAGAACUACGUGCAUCAGCGGCAGCAGAUGAGGGUCAAGCACCUUACAGCGCAGGCUCAUGAUACAAGGCAAACGAUGCGACAGGCCUGGAAGUCUUGGUUGAUCUACGUGGUUGUUCGUAGGACCAAACUUCACAUGCAGACCACUGCUCUGGAAUUUAGGCAGCGGAGUGUUUUAUGUUUGGGGUGGAGCAGGUGGAGGCGGCGGCUUGGGCAGGCCCACGUGGACCACACUCUCCUCAUCACGGCCGUGCAGCACCGCGCCCUGAGCCUCCAGCUGCAGGCUUGGUCACGGUGGCAAGAACAGCUCCUAUGUAGCCAGCGGGCGAGGAAGAGAGUGGCCUUUGCAGUGCGACAUCAUCAGUGCUGGCAAAAGCGAUGGGCUCUGAAGGCUUGGCUCAAAUACCUGCAUAUCUGCAGAGUAAAGAGACAGCGGAAUGAGAUGGCUGUGCAAUUCCACCGUGUCACUGUGCUCCAGCUACACUUCUGUGACUGGCAGUGGGCCUGGGAGCAGAGGCAGAGCCUGUCCGCAUGCCAGGCCCUAGUGGAGAAGCUGGGCAGGAGGAUGGUACUAAGGCGGGUAUUUAUACACUGGAAACACUACUUGCUGCUACGUGCUGAAGAAGCUGCCGCGCAGGAGGCUGCAGCAGAGCACCGCAGGCACACCCUGCUGUAUUUUUGCUUUAGAGCCCUAAAAGACAACGUGGCCUGGGCUCAUCUCUGGAGAGUGAGGAAGAACCUUGCACACCAGCAGUAUGACGUCACGCUGCUGCGCAGGUUCUGGAACCUCUGGCUGUCUUGCAUGGAGCAGAGGGAGGAGAGAGAGCAGCUUGCCUCACUGCACGAGGCCUGGAAUCACUACAGGGUGACAUUGCUACGCAGGUGUAUCCGAUCAUGGUUACAAUAUGCUCAGGAGAGAAGACGCAAGCAGCUACUACAGGCCAGAGCGGACGGUCACUUCCAGCGGAGAGCCCUGCCUGUGGCCUUCCACACAUGGAGCAGACUCUGGCGACGGCACCAGCAGGACUGUGCCCUCACCACCAGAGCAGCGCGCUUCCACAGGGAAACAGUAGAGAAGCAGGUAUUUGCUAUCUGGUGGCAUAAGAUGUUUCAGCAUCGAGAAAACCGCUUGGCAGAGAGAAUGGCCAUCCUUCAGGCAGAGAGGCAGCUUCUGCGGAGGUCCUGGAUCACGUGGCACCAGCUGGCAGCAUCACAUCACCAGGAGCGGGAGUGGCAAGCUGUAGCCUGUACCCACCACCGUCAUGGGCUGCUUAGGAAGGCUUUCUCUGUCUGGUGGGAAAGCGCCCAAGGGGUCAGGACAGAGAGGAUGGGCAGGUCACGGGCUGUGCGCUUCCACUCAGCACGGCUCCUGCGUUGGGCCUGGAGCAGGUGGAGGGAGUGCUUGACCCUGAAGGCUGAGGAGUGGAAGAAGCUGAUGCGAGCUGACUUGCAUGGUCAGCGCGCCUUGCUGCACAGGGCUCUGCGGAAGUGGCUGACUUACCAGGACAGAGUGCGGAGCGUCCUGCGGGAGGUGGCGGCCAGGGAGAGCCAGCACAACAGGCAGCUGCUGCGGUGGGUGUUACAUCGCUGGAGAGACAAUACCAUGGCCCGUUUGCAAGGAGCCAGAAAAAAUUCUCAAGCAAGUGCCCACUACCAAAGAACUCUGUGUUCCAAGGUCCUGGUCCAGUGGCAGGAGGUUGCAUCAGUGCAGACAUAUUACCGACAACAGGAGGCUGCUGCCCUCAGGGAGGCCAGGAAGGUGCUAGAUAGAGGUUGUCUCCGGAGGUGGUUUCUAUGCUGGAAGUCCCACAGUCAGAGGGCAGCCCACCAGAGAGCCCAGCUGGAGCAGGCGGCCCAGCAUCACCGCCAGCAGCUGCUACUGGAUGGGUUGGCACAUUGGAAGGCUCACCAUCUGGGGUGUACCAGGAAGAAGCUCCUGACGAGGAUCGGAGCUCAGUUCCUGGCGCAGAGACUCUGCCGGACGUGCUUCUACCAGUGGAGACAGCAGCUGGAGGCCACGAGGCAGGAGCAGCGGGGUACAGCACAGGCUCUGUGGUUCUGGGCCUUGUCACUACAAGCAAAGGUAUGGGCUGCGUGGUUGAGCUUUGUGCUGGAGAGGAGGAGGAAGAAGGCACGGCUCGAGUGGGCAGCGUGGGCCUACCACCGGCGGCUCCAACAGGAAGGUGUCACACGGCUACUGCGCUUCACGGCAGGCAUGAAGGCCUUCCGGCAGCAGCUGCAGACGCAGCAGCAGGUCCAGGCAGCCCACAGUCUCCACUGUGCGGUCCGUCGCUGUGCUGAGCUCUGGAAAAAGAAGGUGCUGGGCCCAGGCAGGGAUUCUCAGCUUCCAGCACCCAUCACAUCCAGCAGGAGAGUGACAUUCGAGGGUUCCCUUCUCAGUGGAGCCAAAGCUGAGGACGCCUUCCUGGAGACCAAGAGGCUACGAGCUCCUCGACCUCAGGGCAGCCUGGCACUGGCUGCUGGGGAGCCCCACCCCCUAGAGCUCAAUGCUGCCCGCUCAGCAAGGAAGCCUCCGCGGCGUCCUCCGUUUCUGCUGGAACCUGGGUGGAGCCAGAGGUCCCAGGGGUAUUGCGUCUUCAGGGAGCAGGGGCCUGAGAAGCCUCGAGAAUGGCACCAAGGCACAGCCCAGCCAGCAGGCCUUUCUCUGAUGAGGCCCUUCCUGCCCAGGGCCCUGCCAAGUGCCCCUGGCCUGAAACUGCACUCUGCAGCAAGCCCAGGCCUGGAGCUUCUGCCUCCUUCCUCCUUCAUGCCCCGCAGGGUGGCAGCAGCUGCCAGGGUGCCAGCACAGCCCACCGCUCCUGACCCCUCAACCCUGGCCAGGGGUGCUGACUCCCACCUGUUGCUCCCUGAGGAUUUCACAAGUUCUGGGGCUGGGCCUAGGUGUGACACUGAGGUUAAAGACCACACCGAGCUUGAGGCUGAGCUGGAGGGGAUCCAUCAGCAGCUGCAGCACUACCAGACCACAAAGUGGAGCCUCUGGUCAUGCCAGCGACAAGCCAGCAGCCUGCGUAGGUGGCUGGAGCUGAGCCAGGAGGAGCCCGGGUCUGAGGAUCAGGAUGUAGAGCGACAAGUGCAGAAAGAACUGGAGGAGGUGGAACUGCAGAUCCAGCAGCUGGCCAAGGAGCUCCAGGCCCAGCGCCAGCCCAUUGGUGCCUGCAUUGCCCGCAUUCAGGCCCUGCGGCAGGCUCUAUGCUUGUGAGCUCCAUCUCCAAAAACAAGAGUGCAAAGCCACAUUUUAAAAUUUAUUAUUUCAAAAUGUCUUGCAAUUAAAUGUAUGACUGUU